AUGGAUCUGCUGCUCCUGCCCUAUCCCGUCUCCAACCUGGUGCUGGACGUGGUGCUGCUCCUCCUCUACCUCGGCACUGAGGCCACGCGGAUCUUCUUCGGCUCCAAGGGGAACCUGUGCCGGCGGAAGGUGCCGCUGUCGCUCAGCCUGGCGCUCACGGUGCCGGCGGCGGCGCUGGCCGGGUACUACCUGCUGCUCCAGACUUAUUCCCUGCGCCUGGAAUCCUUCCUGAGCGCCAUCCUGCUCCUCUUCUACGGCCUCGAGCUGCUCCUGGGCCUCCUGGCGCUGCUCUCCUUCUCCAGGUGCCGCAUCCCGGGACUGGGGACACGCCGUGGGAGUUUCCAGGUUGGUUUGGUGCCGACACAUCCCUCCCUUUGUCCUUUUCCGUAGUGCGGAUCCCUACUGAAGCCACACCGGGGACACAGCCCAGGGACACAGGGAAGUGUGACUGGUGCCAGCUCCACUUCCCAGCCCUGGGAAAGGGAGGGAUCCCACUUUUUCCACUCCUCCUUUCACUUGGGCUCAUCCCUCCCACCUCUCCUGCUCCUACCUGGACUUGUCAUUCCCACCUUUUCUGCUCCCACCUGGACAAAUCCUCCCUCCUACUUCUCCCACUCCCACCUGGACACAUCCUUUCCGCUUUUCCCACUUCUACACUUGGACUCAUCCCUCCCACCUUUCCCACUCCCACCUGGACACAUCCCUCCUG